UCCAUCCCGCCCGCUAAACGCACAAAGCUCAUUGACUUUUCUUUCGCUAAUCCCGCUCUUCAUUCCCUCUCACACUUUCUCUCCUCUAUUAUUAUUUGAAACCGAGACUACAAUCGACUUCCCAUUCGCGACGGUUGAUGCUAAAACACUAGUUCAUCGAAGUCUCGAUAUCACUUUGAGUAUGGACCAAGAUUCCCAGGCUGGGAAAGUACCUGCGUCAAAUGACCAAGAAUGCCUACGGCAGCCAGAAGUCAACUUGUCACACCGUUCUCACAGCAGCUCUGAAAAUCUGAAGCGUUCGGACCCUUUCCAGUUUGGUAGUCGGUUCCUAGAGGCAGGAGAUGAUGUGUUCGAGUUCAACGCCUGGGACCAUGUCGAAACUGACGAUGCAUAUAAGGCAUACGCAGAGCAGCAAUUAGCAUUGCAAAGACAAUCUCCUGUCUCUGAAUUUGACAAAAAGAGAUUCAAUGGAGAUCCCGCAAAAUGGUGGAACCUGUUCUACAAGAACAACACAGCCAACUUCUUUAAAGAUCGAAAGUGGCUGAAGCAGGAGUUUCCCGUUUUAGAUAAGUUGACCCAACGUGACGCGGGCCCAUCGCUUGUCCUCGAAAUUGGGGCAGGAGCUGGUAAUACUGCUUUCCCGGUGCUUGCCACCAACCAGAACCCGGGGCUGAAGAUUCAUGCUUGCGACUUCUCAAAGACAGCCGUCGAUGUGAUGCGCACCAGUGUGCAAUACGAUACUCAGCACAUGCAAGCUGAUGUAUGGGAUGUUGCCAGCGAUGAUUUGCCGCCCAAUCUCAGAGAAGGGUCCGUAGAUGUUGCGAUCCUUAUCUUCAUAUUCUCGGCUCUGUCGCCCGCUCAAUGGACCGCCGCAGUGCACAAUGUGCAUCGCCUCUUGAAGCCCGGCGGCAUAGUUUGUUUCCGCGACUAUGGGCGUGGCGAUCUUGCGCAAGUCAGAUUUCGCAAAGGCCGGUACAUGGAGGAGAACUUCUACGUCCGCGGGGAUGGGACACGGGUGUACUUCUUCGAUCAGGAGGAGUUGGCAACCAUCUGGAAGGGUGACUCCGCCGAGACCUUGUUUGAAAUCGAGGAGCUCGGUGAGGACCGGCGCUUGAUUGUCAACCGUAGUGAAAAGAAAAAGAUGUACCGAUGUUGGUUACAGGGGCUUUUCAAGAAGAUAUAAAAAGCAAGGCCCGCAAAUGACAAUUGGUGUUUAUUAGUACGAAACAUUCACAGUCAAAUCCGAAGCGCA